GCAUGCAGCGCGGGCGCUUUUCGCUUCCCCACCGACCAUGGAGCGGCUGACGUUGCCUCCCGGAGGCGCAGCGGCUGUUGACGAGUACCUGGAGUACCGGAGAAUUGUUGGCGAGGAUGAUGGAGGGAAACUUUUUACUCCUGAAGAAUAUGAAGAAUAUAAAAGAAAAGUUUUACCUAUGCGCUUACAGAACAGAUUAUUUGUGAGCUGGCGAUCACCAACUGGAAUGGAUUGUAAACUUGUGGGUCCAGAGACACUGUGUUUUUGUACACAUAGGUAUAAACAACAUAAAACUGACUUUGAAACAAUUCCACAGCAGCGUCCCAUUAGUCUGCCUUGCCGAGUGACAGGCUGUCUGUGCAGGUCUUUCGUUUAUGUCCCUCUCAAUGGCACACAGCCCAUUCGCUGCAGAUGCAAGCACUUCGCGGAUCAGCAUAGCGCUGCUCCUGGCUCCGCCUGCAAUACUUGUUCCAAGUGUUCAGGAUUCCAUAGCUGCUUCACUUGUGCUUGUGGUCAGCCUGCGUAUGCCCAUGACACAGUAGUAGAAACUAGGCAAGAAAGACUGGCUCAGGGAAAACCAGUGGGACAGGAUGUUCCUUAUGCAGCAAUGGGAGGAUUAACUGGCUUCAGCUCACUAGCAGAAGGCUACAUGCGGUUAGAUGACAGUGGAAUUGGUGCACCUUCUGUCGAAUUUUUAGACUCUCCAGUUACAGUGGCAGACCACCCAUUUCUAAAGGCUUUUCAAGGAUCCUCUAGUUCUUCUCCUGAAACAUUAACAGAGGCAGGUACAAGUAGUCAAGUCUCUUCCUUAAGGAGACCUGAAGAGGAUGACAUGGCUUUCUUUGAAAGACGAUACCAGGAAAGGUUUUCCAGAAAUUGCCCAAAUGGAUGAAGAGACACAGUACAAUACAGUUGAAGAUGUGGUUGGAAGUCAUGUAGAAGAU